AUGUUAACCAUUCAAUUUAGUCGUGAUACAAAUUUCUUGAUCCUGAGUGAUAUACAUUUUUCCCUCAUAUUUUUGGGUCCAUUAUCAUAUUUCGACGGGUUAGAGGAUGAUGUACUGUUAAGCGACGUAGAGAAUGGUGUGCUGUAUUGGUGGUACGGAUAG